CUCUCUGGUUCCUAUACCUGAGGGUCACCCUCCACCCACCCCCACCCCCAUCCAGCGGUGAUCUUGCAACCUCGACAGCCUUGCUGGGUGGGAGUGGAGUGUUAGUUAUACCGCGGGCCGUCAUUUUAUACUUGGGAGAAAGAGGCCCAGAGAGAGAAAGUGACUGGUUACAUCCCAGCCUCCAGCUCCCCUCCUACCCUCCACCCUUUCCGUCUCAGCUCUCAUAGCCAACCCUGCCCAAGCAUGCUUGUGCAGGAAGAAUUAAGUAUGUGUGAGAUCAAUGGUGACCUCCUUUGGCUCUAGCUGCUAUAGCAGCAGCUGCACCAGUUGACCAAGCUCCCCUUUCACUGCCUUUUGCUGGUCCUCAGGCCCCCCAGCCACUUACAGCCCUGCAUGGAAAAAGGUAGCUUGGGGCCCAAGGGGGAGGAAGAUGGGGGCAUACAUUUUCUUUAUGCCUGGGCCUGGGUUCCUUUAUCUAAAAGGAUGAGGAAAAUCCAGGCUAUGGAUUUGAGAAAGUCAAUGUAUAUGGCAACCACAUGGUUUUAUUCCCUCAGUAUGGUUUAUUCCUUCUCCAGAGCUGGGCACCUCAUGCCUGAGGACUCAGAAGAUCCUGUAUCUGAAAACUCAGAUUCCACCUGCAGGAGCCCAGAGACCCUGAGGAAUUUGUGUUGUUGCACAGCUCAUGGUUCGGUUGGGGUAAGGUCAGUUUUCAUAUCCAGUGAGCUCUGUCACUUUUGGGAGUGAGCCACUGAUAACCACUUUGGCAUCGGUUUUCCCAUCCAGCGAGCCAUGCUGGCCCUCUGGUUGUUGCUCCCGCACCACAUGCAUUCAUUCAACAUAAAUAUUUUCUUUGCCUUGAUCAUCAGUCCUUACACUAAUAUCUGGAAGAUAAUGGCAAGACCCAGAGUUCCUGUCCUCCAUCAGGAGAGAAAGCUGAGACCUGAAAGAUGAAGACAGAGACAGCCACAAAAAGAGGUGAGGGGGAAUGUAUUUUUUUCUUCCUUCAAACAAAUAUUUUUAAUUUUUUAAAGUAAACUCUACCCCCAUCUCGGGGCUCAAACUCACGACCCCAACAUCAAGAGAUGUGUCCUCUACCAACUGAGCCAACCAGGCACCCUGGAGGAAGGUAUUUCAUGCAGAGAAAAAAAAAAAAAGCGCAAAGACUCAGGAAUAGGAAUGGGUUUUGGGUGUACAAGGAGCACCAAGGAGGCUAUUGUGACAGAGGCAUAUUGAGUAAGGGAGAAAAUGGUAGACUUGAGGUCACAGUGGAAGGAAGGGAGGGAGUUGGCUGUGGUAAAGACUAUGGAUUUUAUUCUAAGAGGAAUUGCCUAGAAAGGCACGGAGGGUUUUCCCAUGGAGGGAAAAGCAACCUGUGUUUAUAUGUUUGAAAAGAUCCCAUCUGCUGCUGUUUGGAGAAAGGACUGGAUUGUAGGGGGACAGAGUGGAAGCCCAGAAUCCAGUGUCAUUAGGAGACUACUACUGAGAUCCAGGGAGAGACGAUAGGCUGCUAGCUCUAGGGUGUGGGGUGGAGACGGAGAGAAUAGAUCCAAAUUACGUUUUGUAGGCAGACAGAACAGGUUUUGAUGGUGGGUUAGAUGUGGUAAGUAAAGAAGGAAUCAAGGGUAUGGUGGUGCAUUUACUGAAAUGAAGACAGGAGAAAAACAGGUGUAUAUGGUGUUGGCGGAGAUUAAAAGCUCUGUUUUGGAGAAAGUAAGUUUGACAUGCCUGCUAGGCAUCUGUGUGGUGAUAUCAGAAGAACAAAUGGAGACAGCCUGGAGUUCAGGGGAGAAAGGCAGGCUAGAGAUACAAUGUUGGGAAUCAGCAUAUAGCUGAUAAUCAAGCCAUGGGAUUAGAAAAGAUGGAAAAGAAAAAAAAAGAUAAAGUCCUCCCCACUUUGAGAGGUGUGGUUGAGGAAAAGGGAGUUAGCAAAGGAGGAGCCGAUAAGUAUGAAGUAACGAGUAUGAAGUAGAAGUAUGAAGAAACGAGGGGAGUGUGUUGUGGAAAAAGAGGAUUUCAAGGAAGGAGGGUUACCUGUAUCAGAGGCUCAAUAAAUGAGUGUCAGCUGCCCCGUGAUGAAGCAAUGCCAAGUGAAAUAGUGCUCUGGAAGCUGGAAGACCAUUUCAGCAUCUCUACAAAUUGUCCCUGUAAGCUUAGAGUUGUUAAGGAGAAAGAGAGAAAGGACCAUAAAGCUUCUUUUAAGUAUCAAAUGAGAUUAUGGCCGAAAACGCAUUCUGUAAGCCGCCCAGUCCUGUGAUAACGUCACUGUUGGGUUUUUAUUAAUGAGCUGGCGAUUAGAAUUAAGACCACCGGUGAGGGAGAGCGCAUAAGACGUACAGAAAGAGUUGUCAAGAAGUAAAUUUCAUAAUGAAGAAAACUCCUGAGAGCUUGCGUCAAAACCAGGCUUGGGGUUAGGGGAGAGAUACGGGAGCAAUGCUGCGCUUCAUUUAGAAUUUAACCCUGCGGCGAUAGCAGUAAGAAAAACAGGGCGGAUAGAAAACUCGAAGCUGAGAAGGAGGAAGUCCGGCCCCAAACGUGAGAUAUCUCUGGCUCCGCCUCCCUCCUCCACGGGCCAAUCAGGAUCCAACUGACAGGGCGGAGCCUGAGGUCAGUUAAUAACCACUAAGCCCCGUUCAGUUAUUCAUUUUAUUCCUUUCCCUCCAAGGGUUCACUGUUGCUGCUCCUACAAAACUUUGGGAGGGCAUACCACUUUGGAAAAAGCUCUGGCAGUUUCAUAUAAAAGUAAAUGUGUACCUGUUCGAUGACUCAGCAGUUUCUCACCAAGACCUCCGGAGGCGGUGGAGAUGCUGUCGGGCACCCAGGCAGCGCCAGUGGAAUUCGAGGACGCAGAGCUGCGGUGUCGCGUGGCUGUGGAGGAGCUGAGCCCCAGCGGGCAGCCGCGAAAGCGCCAGGCCCUACGCACCGCGGAGCUGAGCCUGGGACGAAAUGAGCGCCGCGAGUUGCUGCUGCGGCUGCAAGCGCCUGGGCCCGCGGGGCGGCCGCGCUGCUUCCCUCUGAGGGCGGUGCGCCUCUUCACGCGCUUCGCAGCGGCCGGGCGCAGCACACUACGGCUCCCAGUUGACGGCGCUCCCCGCGCGGGCGCUGUGCAGCUGCUGCUCUCCGACUGCCCCCCCGACCGCCUGCGACGCUUCCUGCGCACGCUGCGUCUCAAGCUGGCCGCAGCCCCGGGCCCCGGACCGGCCUCCGCCCGCGCACAGCUGCUUGGCCCGCGGCCCCGAGACUUCGUCACCAUCAGCCCAGUGCAGCCGGAGGAGUUGCGGCGCGCGGCGCCCACCGGCGUCCCGCACGCCACGCCCGUGAAGCGGCCGAGGGAACUCCGGGCGAGAUCUGAUCCCAGCAACGAAGCCCCAAAGUGGCCCUUGCCUGUGAAGAGGCUGAGCUUGCCCCCGAGCAAACCACAGCUUUCUGAAGAACAGGCUGCUGUGCUGAGGGUUGUCCUGAAAGGCCAGAGCAUCUUCUUCACUGGGAGUGCAGGGACAGGGAAGUCUUAUCUGCUGAAGCGUAUCCUGGGCUUGCUGCCUCCCACAGGUACUGUGGCUACUGCCAGCACUGGGGUGGCAGCCUGCCACAUCGGGGGUACCACUCUCCAUGCCUUUGCAGGCAUUGGCUCAGGCCAGGCUCCUCUGGCCCAAUGUGUAGCCCUGGCUCAGCGGCCAGCUGUGCGGCAGGGCUGGCUGAACUGCCAGCGGCUAGUCAUUGAUGAGAUCUCCAUGGUGGAGGCCGACCUGUUUGACAAGCUGGAAGCCAUGGCCAGAGCUAUCCGGCAGCAGAACAAACCAUUUGGAGGGAUCCAGCUCAUCAUCUGUGGGGACUUCCUGCAGCUGCCACCUGUAACCAAGGGCUCCCAGCCCCCAAAGUUCUGCUUUCAGGCCAAGAGCUGGAGAAGAUGUGUCCCAGUGACCCUGGAGCUGACCAAGGUGUGGAGGCAGGCAGACCAGACCUUCAUCUCUCUGCUGCAGGCUGUCAGGCUGGGAAGGUGCUCAGAUGAAGUGACCCACCAGCUCCAGGCCACAGCCUCCCAUAAGGUGGGGCGAGAUGGGAUUGUGGCCACGAGGCUUUGCACUCACCAGGAUGACGUGGCCCUCACCAAUGAGAGGCGACUGCAGGAACUGCCAGGUGAGGUACACAGCUUUAAGGCCAUGGACAGUGACCCCGAGCAAGCCCGAACCUUGGAUGCCCAUUGUCCUGUUAGCCAGAUCCUUCAACUAAAGCUGGGGGCCCAGGUGAUGUUGGUGAAGAACUUAGCGGUGUCCCGAGGCCUGGUGAAUGGUGCCCGUGGGGUGGUUGUUGGGUUCGAGACAGAGGGGAGAGGGCUGCCCCAGGUGCGGUUCCUGUGUGGAGUCACCGAGGUCAUCCGUGCUGACCGCUGGACGGUGCAGGCCACUGGCGGCCAACUCCUCAGUCGGCAGCAGCUGCCCCUCCAGCUGGCCUGGGCAAUAUCUAUCCACAAGAGCCAGGGCAUGACCCUGGAUUGCGUGGAGAUUUCUCUGGGCCGAGUGUUUGCCAGCGGCCAGGCCUAUGUGGCCCUUUCCCGGGCCCGCAGCCUGCAGGGCCUGCGUGUGCUGGACUUUGAUCCCAUGGUGGUUCGCUGUGACCCUCGUGUGCUGAGCUUCUAUGCCACUCUGCGGAGGGGCAGAGGCCUCAAGAUGAAGUCUCCAAAUGAUGAUGAGGCAGCCUCAGACCAAGAGAAUGAGGACCCAAACCUUUGAGCCUCAAAGAGAAGACACAUGAUGGUCUCCCCUACUUCUUCCUCCCUAGUGGGCCAGGGCCUCUGAAGAUAACUUGGGGAAGAUAGUCAACCCUUUCUCCUUCAUUAGGGCUCUCAGCCUCCUGGUCUUUCCUGGUCCAGGUUCAAGGGAGACUACUUCUUACCCCUUUUCCAGCUCUGCCUCAGUUUCUCCCUUUGCCCUGGGUAAUCUAAUUCCAGGGACAGGAGUAACCCUUUCUGUGCCAACUGGGAAAGGGCUUAUGGUGGCACCUGGUGUUAUAGGACAAAGCUCUCUGCGAGGGCUAGCCCAGGGCCACACGGUUGUGAAUGCUGCCCUCUUUGGGCUGCAGAGAGGAGAGGCAGUGAAGACAGGUGCUUCAGGAGCAGGAACAGGCUAUAACAGUCCUGAACUGGGGGACUCAGGCCAAAUACAGGCCCCACACAGAGAAAGGAACCUGGGGUUAUCAUCACAGCUAGGCCCAGGAUAGCACAAGCCAGGACACAGACUCUCCUGAGCUUAACCUGAGAACACACAAUGCAAACCAUGUGCCUAUUAUCUUAAGCUCCCUUUUUGGAGAAGAAAUCAUAUUUAGGGGUACUGAGAUGGAGUUCUCAGAUCGUAUUUAUUUAGGACAAAUAAACUUGUGAAUUGUGUAA